GGAGAAUUGUCGACACUCGACAGAGAGUGUAAAUAAACGGGAAGAAUGUAAAUAGAAUUUCCCAAACUUAUAUUAGAUCCUACCAAGGAGAAGAAGGAACUGUAAUCAGACGGCGAAUUGGGUCAUUAUCACCCGACGGAAACCCGUAAUAAUUUUGCUCUGGGGUUUGUUCGAUUUCCAUCGGCGAUAUACUCAUUCGUUCUCAGUUUCUUAACCGAAAACAGACGAUCAUUACUGCAAAUUCACACACAAUACUUUCUUAUUCGAAUUGUCUGAAAAUCGAAGUGGAAUCUGGAAACCCUAAUUUAGGUCCGAAGAUCAUGUCCACGGACCGAUACGCUGCUUCCAACCUUGCAUCUCCAGACGAUAAUUAUCUAUUCCUUGAUGCAUCGAAUGAAGCUCCUUCGUAUGGGGAUCGGAAAUGUACAAGCAUUGCUGGUAGCAUAUUGUACUGUAUACUUUUGGCAAGUUAUGCUAUACUAGGUGUUGGAGCUCCAUGGGUGUUCCAAUCUGAGAAAUACUUGACAUUACAGAUACUCUGCACCUGUGACGUCACUCUAUUAAUCAUCACAGGCAUCUUCCAGCAAUAUAUGGUUUAUCAAGUCCAGAAAAUAAGAUUACAGGGUUACUAUAUUUUCAGUCAAAAAUUGAAGCAUGUUGUUCGUAUGCCCUUUGCCAGUUUUUCAUAUGGUACAUGUGCAAUGCUACUUAUCAUGGUUUGGGAGCCAUAUCUAAGAAUUCUUUCCAUUCCUUUAAUGCUCAGGAUUAUCAUGUUGGUUGAAGCUAUCUUUGCUGGGUCUUUCAUGGGAGUCUACAUUGGUCAUGUACACCAGUACAAUACACUAGAAUCCCAACCUGAUGUUGUCAAGUCCUUGCAUUCUCCACUUCAACCAUCAAACUCUCUGGAAGGCUUGAGGUAUCAUGAUGGUGGUGGCUAUCUCUCUGAUCAGCAAAUGGCUUUGUUACAGUAUCAAAGAGAAAACCUCAACUUUUUAAGUGAGGAGAUUCUUCGCUUGCAAGAAUGUUUAAGCAAAUAUGAGAAAUCUGGUGAUGGCAUGACACCUCAGGUUGAUCUUGCUCAUUUAUUAGCAGCUCGUGAUCAAGAGUUAAGAACACUUUCAGCUGAGAUGAAUCAGCUGCAAUCUGAAUUAAGACUUGCUCGAUCUCUGGUUGCUGAAAAGGAGGCCGAUAUCCAGAGUGCACGUAAUACAAACAAUCAGUAUAUGGAGGAAAAUGAAAGACUGAGGGGCAUACUAGCAGAAUGGAGUACCAGAGCAGCAAAGCUUGAGCGAGCAUUGGAGCUUGAACGCAUGUCCAAACUGGAAUUACAAAAAAAGAUGACGUCAUUCAAAACCCUCCAAAACAUGGGUCAUCCACUCCGGUAACAUAUGAC